GAAGUGGCCCUUCGAUGUUUCCAUGACCCAAAAAGUAGUUUUUCCUGUCCUCGUUUUUACCAUGAAAAAAAUUGCAAGUCAUGUCUCCCUCCCACAUGCCUACGAUACUGUACAUGGCAUAUUAGGUAGUACUGCACGACAGAUUUUGCAGUCCCCUAAAUUGAAUCUACCGUACAGCUAGCACACUCUCAUCAAAAGUGAUUGUCACUGAUACCAUCCCCACGAAACGAGCUGCAUUCUCUACUAUGCAUGAUUCGAACCACCCCCUGCGGAAGAUAGCAUUGUUGACCAAGGAAAAGGUGUGUUGUUGCUGUUGGUGUUGUUCGAGUGAUAUUUCCAAUCAUCCGCCUCUAGUACUUUGGCUAGUCCCCUCAGCUGAUCCAAAUUUUCUGCUAACAACGCCUUGCGAUUACCCUCGGAACAUCGCUUGUGGUCUUGUUCAUCGAAGAGCUGUUCGAGUCGCGCUUGCGAAUUUGCCGCGGACUGAUGCGAUUGCAAGUGGCGGCGAUGAUGGUGAUUUUGCCUGUGGUUGCCGCUGUUGCUGUUUCCCUCUGUCGAUGCAUGCGCUGCAGACAUGUGGCGGUGGGCUGUCGGUGCCGGCAUGAUUCGUGAAAUGAUAGUUUCGAUGAUGAGGUAGAUAGGAGACGCUAUUACAAUAAUGAUCACCCGUUUGUUCUGAGUUUGAUAGAAAGAAUGAGAGUAAGGGUACGUACGUACAUACUGAUACGAAACGUAGGGGAUGGUGUUACUGCUACUGUACGGUACGUACGGUACCGUAACGGAGACUGUUGUUUGUAGGGUAGUUUGUGUUUGCUGUUUGCCCUGUUUGAAAAAAAUGACAAAUUUUAAUUUGAAUAGUUUCCCCAAAACCUCAUGCCAGCUCGCGCAAGGCUUAUCUCCCCGUGAAGAAUGCACCCCUCGAAGAAGGCACGGUCGCUAGGAAUUGAUUCGACUCGAUCGAGUCAAUCACCUUGGUUAGAAAAGCAAGUCGUUUCUUUGAAAUAGUGGGAUUGAGCUCAUAACCUGUAAAAUAGUGGAAUGCUCUCUAGUACAAUAAAGAGUGAGGUUAUUCACUAGCUACUCGUGAUUGUACUGUCUCACAGUUUCUAAUCAUUUCGAUCGCCUUCCGACGAUGUGAUGGAGGAGGAAGGAAGGGUUUAACAGAAAGAGAUCAGCGGUGAAUGCGACAGAAAAUAAAAAAUGGUCUCAACUUGUUUUCUAAUUUUUUGAGUUGCCACCACGAUCUUCCAUCAAGACGCCAUUCACCAAUUGCUGCUAGCUCAAGAAUACCGUCACUAGAGAUUGAUAAUACCAUUUAUAUUAUAGUUCACGAUGACCAGCUCUGAAAACAAAACACCGACCGACGCGAAGAACGCAAAUGCAAACGAAUCUUCAGCUCCAUCAGCUGGAGCGACCAAGCAGCAAGAAGCCCAAGAAGCUAUCGAAGAAGACGACGAGUUCGAAGAAUUCCAGGGCGCCAACUGGGGCACUGGCGAAGAAGAUGCGGAGGACACGCAGCAGUGGCAAGACAAUUGGGACGUUGAUGACAUGGAUGACGAUUUUACGAAGAAUCUACGGAAUGAAUUAAUGGCCAACAAGUAAUUAUUGUAAACAUCAAAAAUGCCACGAGUUGGAAUAUAGUCGAAGGGAUCAAAGAGUGAAUCGGAUUAUUCCACUGGCACAACGUUGCUGAAAAGCUAGUGUGGCAACAUAUAAAAGAGUUGGGGCAAUCAUUUCUGGUAGACUAGCACUAGUAUUUCAUUACGUGCUAUUUCUGUUGCUCUGACUUAUCGACGUCAWGAGAAAAAAUCUGAGUUGGUUGGAAAUUCCAAUGAGGUGCAAGAAUAGAAACUCGAAUCACUACACAAUCACAAUCAAAUCGAAACUUACUC